CCUAUAUUAGCCAAGAAAGGAGGAAUAACCCAAUAUACUUUGCGGAAAAGGAUUUCCCUGAGCAACAUCUGCAGUUUUUCUUAGUUGUGACAUUUACUUGAUUCUAUAGAAAGAUGCGAUGGUCAUUUCGGAAGGUUGCAUGUUUCACUCUUGCAUGUUUCACUCUUGCGGUUUUCAUGGUCGCAACAUUUUACAUAGUGUGGAGUAUAUAUGGCCUUGAAAAAUAUUUACCUAUAGGAUUUAGAAUAUUUCAAGAAACGUUCACAGAAUCUUCGUUUCUUAAAGGUGACUUGAAGGUACGAAGUGAAAUACAUCAUUCCAAGAAAGUGGAUACGUUGUUUAACGAAUUUGCACAAGAUAAUAGAAAUCUCCGAGAUUCGAGAGGAGUAUCAAAAUGGAAAAGCCAACCGUUGCUGGAUAGAUGUGAAGAUUUUUUUACCCAUUGGUUAGCAGCCAAUCCAGAUUGGAAGUUUCAGAAAUUUGGUGAUAAUUUUGAUAAAUCUAUUGUGAAUAAGAAACGGUUUUUCGAGGUCAAGUAUGAUCGGAUCAAGCAAAGAUAUAAACAAAAUAACAUCGAAGGUCCUUUAGUAACCCGAGAAAAUAACAAUACUAUUCAAGAGGAGUACCUACUGGCAAUUAAGGCCACUAUGGACAUCGAGACGAAAAUGGUGGAAACUAUGAGUUUAUUCCGAGUAUAUGGUAAAUGCUUUUUAAAUCAAAAUCAGGAAACAGUUUCCCAUCCAGAAAUAUUCAAAAAAAUGACAGAUAAAUUAUUCCCCUUCCUCAGCGGACAACUCCCAAUAUUUGAGAGAUUUGAUGGGAAAGUGUACAAUGAAGGAUUCCCAGAGAUGCUGAAAUAUGAAAAGAGUCAAGAUAUAUUGUUGAAUUAUAUCCAGAGGAACGUACAAGGUAAGGGGAUACUUGUAUCUGCAACUACGAAACAUGCAAGAGAUUUAAUUAAACUUAUAAGAGUAUUGAGGGCUCAUAAUAAUGAACUACCAAUCCAAAUCGUGCACAAGGGAGAUAUUAGUCAACGGAAUCAACAAUAUCUUCUUGCAGCAGCACAGACUGAAGUUGAUGAUAUGUUGGAUCCAAAACUCUCCACAGAUUACAUGAAUGUUUCCCCUGAACUCGAUUUGAAAGAAGAUUCCAAAAGACGUAACGUAUAUUUCCCUAAGCAAGAUUUAACAUUUGUCAACAUUAAACAAUGCAUUUCAAGGGAAUACAAGUAUAAUUUUCCAGGAUAUGCCAACAAAUUGCUAGCACUUUUCUUUACUUCCUUUAAGGAAGUCUUACUAUUUGAUGCUGAUACUAUCCCUCUUGUGCCCCCUAAAGAAUUUUUCGACUUGGAAGGUUAUAAAGCCAAAUCUGCAUUUUUCUUUAAGGAUAGAACUUUAAAUGAUUUUAAUGAUUAUAUCGAGACGAAUUUUUUCACUAAAUUAUGUCCAACUUUGAAAUCUAACUCUUUGGAUGAUUUAUUUGAUAUUCCUGUCAUUACUGAACACACAUUGAAUAAUGGAUAUAUGACUGGAUGGAGGCAUUUCCAAGAGGCGGGAGUAGUCGCUGUAGAUAAGUCCAAGCAUUUUCUUGGUGUGGCUCUUGCAUCCCCAUUAUCGAUAUGGAAAGAUCCAGUUGUGUCAUCUGUGUGGGGGGACAAGGAAUUGUAUUGGCUAGCAUUAUCUAUCGCUGGAGAUGAAAAUUAUGCAUUUAAUGAACACUAUGCUGCAAGUGUUGGUGUAGCUACCACCAAUCCAAAGUACAAGCAAUACACGAAAUCUAAUGCACAUGAGGUUUGCUCUUCUCAUCCUGGACACAUUAGUAAUGAUGGAAGGCUUUUGUGGAUCAAUUCAGGGUUUAGUUAUUGUAAAAAAAAUGGAAUUUUCAGAGAUAGAAACUUGUUUCCAUAUUCAGCAAUGGAUACUUCUGAGCAAAAAGGGCUAUUUGAUCAGCCAUUGAGAAUUCAACAUGCUUUAGUGCCACCUGGAAUUCCUAGAAUACGAGAACCAGGAAGUCCUAUUGAUGACACCCCAGAAACUGAGUUAUUGCUCAAAUGGAAGUCUCGGCCAAAGGAUGUUGAUGAAAUAAAUAAGGAUGUUAAAUCAGAAGAAGAAAAAAUAUCCCAACUAGAUUCAAAUCCACAAAAAGGUUGGGUAAAGAGCCAAGCGUGUGCUGGUUAUUAUUAUUGUGCGUAUGAUCUUAUUGAUAGUUAUUUCACCGAUAAAGAUGUUGAUAAUGGGGAAUUUUUUGAAUAUGAUGACAAUACUGUCAGUACAAUUGAAUUUUUGGCUAAGGUUUGGAUGACUGGUACCACGAAGACUAAACUUCCUGUAAAGGCCGCAGAACCUGAAACCACACAAGGUAAAGAAAAUGAGGGUACGAAGAAGGAAGGUGGUCUGAUAGAAGGUGAUAAACAAAAGAAGGAUCAUAAUUAAGAAACGGAAUAUCUAUAAGAAAUUAAGGAAGUUCUACAUUCUGGAAAAUUAAAAUAGCAUAUUAUGAUAUAAAAUAUAUAAACGGUUAUUGACU